GCCCGCUGGGGCGCCGCGCCGGGUCCCGGUUCUGGUCCGUUCUGGUGGCGAUGCGGUACCGGCGGCUGGCGGCGAGGACGCGGUCCCGGUCCCGGUCCGGGGGAGCUGCAGCGCUCCUCGUCUUCCCAAAUAGCGUGUGGCGGCCUCGGAGCCCCGCGGGCUGUACCCCUCGGCCCUGCAGCCUCGGAAGGAGACGUUGCCGGCUGCAGCACAGGCGUCUCCGCCGCACGGCGUGUGCCUACUCGGCUGCUCCAUCGCGGUUCUCUCCUGGGAACGUCCGUCUGUGCAUGCUGUGAUUCAAAUAAAUCAGAUUAUUCGUAAGGGUAACUGCAAAAUCGGACCUGACAUCGUUGGAUGAGUUGCACAACGCUGAAGUCGAGAGACUGAAUGGUUUUCUUUAUUUUUCAGAGCAACGUUUCGUUUCAGCUGCUCUGGAAUGGAGAUUUCUUCUCACCAGUUUCACCUCUUGCAGCAACUGAAUGAGCAGCGCAGGCAGGACUUGUUCUGUGACUGCAAUAUCCUGGUGGAGGGGAAGGUCUUCAAAGCACAUCGCAAUGUGCUCUUUGCCAGCAGUGGCUAUUUCAAGAUGCUGCUCUCUCAGAGCUCAAAGGAGACGAGCCAGUCGACGACAGCCACAUUCCAGGCGUUUUCUCCUGACACAUUCACAGUUAUCCUGGACUUUGUGUAUUCAGGGAAGCUGUCUCUGACGGGUCAGAACGUGAUCGAGGUCAUGUCUGCUGCCAGCUACCUGCAGAUGACCGACGUUAUCAGCGUGUGUAAAACCUUCAUCAAGUCCUCCCUGGACAUCAGUGAGAAGGAGAAGGAUCGUUACUUCAGUCUGUCAGAUAAAGAUGGCAAUUCGAAUGGUGUGGACCGGUCCUGCUUGUACAGCUCAGGCUGGAGGGCGGAGGGCAGCCCCCCACACUCACACUUGAGUCCAGAGCAAGGGACGUGUAUGAUGGGUGGGAAUGCAUGGAGUGGUUUCAGCUACUACCCAACUCCUCCGAGGAACACCUCACAGCAGCUGUCCAAACACGAGCAACGGCAGGACUCUGGGAAGAAACCCCGGCACCCGGGGCCACAGCCGCCCUCUGACAUCCUGCACUAUAAGUCCAGUAAGCUGGAGGAGAGGGCAGCUGAGCCCAGCGGACACAGUGCUCCAGCCGAGGAGCAAGUUCAGAUUGAAGCAGAGGCUGAAUCUCCUCAUGUGGGCUACCAGUACGGGCAGGGCUCUGAUGUGAUGCCAAGGAGCCUGGCUGUGCCACAGCCAGAGCAUGAAUCACCCCGUUCCUCCAGCAAACUGAAGGCUUCGAAGGCAGAAGAGCAGUACCCGAGCAUGCCCUCCAUCCUAGGAGUCAUGGGCAGCUGGGCUGAAGACGAUCUGCCCAGGAUGAGGUUCAAGUGCCCGUUCUGCACUCACGUGGUGAAGAGAAAAGCUGACCUCAAGCGGCACCUGCGGUGCCACACAGGGGAGCGGCCGUACCCCUGCGAGGCAUGUGGGAAGAGGUUCAGCCGACUGGACCACCUCAGCAGCCACUUCCGAACAAUUCAUCAGGCUUGCAAGCCCAUCUGCAGGAAGUGUAAGCGCCACGUGACGGAGCUGACGGGACAAGUGGUCCAAGAGGGGACAAGGCGCUACAGACUCUGUAACGAGUGCUUGGCUGAAGCUGGCAUAGACAGUAUCCGCAUUGACUUGGAGGCGGAAGCACCCCUGGAAUUUCCACCAGAUGGAGACAAGGAUUCCAGGUGGCACUAUGGGGAAGAUAACAGAUCGGAUGUGGAGAUCGUGGAGGAUGGGUCAACCGACUUGGUCAUUCAGCAAGUUGAUGACAGCGAGGAUGAAGCAGACGAAAAGGAAGUAAAACCAAACAUUAGGUAGCUGCAAGACAAGAACUAGGAAUUCCCUGUCAGAGGGGAGAACGCACUGUCUUGACAAUACACCCUCCACCAGCCUGUUGUUAACCAUAUGGAGACAGUGGUUUCUCCUGAGCAGGUCCAGACUUGCAUGUAUCUGUGGACAUGCCGUUGCAUCUAUCCUGAGUUCUGUGAUCAAAAGACCCAUAUUUGCUUCACCAGAGAUGAUCCAUCCUUAGAUAAUGGAUGAAGAAGAGAACUGAAGUACUACAUGGAUAACUGUACAGGAGACAAUGGGUCACUUCUCAGACCCUCUUUCAAGAGAGUGAGGUCUAAAUACUUUAGAAAGUCACACACCACGAGAUUGCCCAUUCUUUAAACUAGCAGAGACGUGGGGUUUCAAUGUAACAUCUGGUGAUUCAAUAAGUAUAAAUACCCUGACACCAGAAUAUAAAGACAACCUCUCUUCAGUAUUCAGAAAUGAAGAUAAUCUUUCAUGAAGUCUUCACAUUCAUUAUAAGGAUAAAAAGGCAGCUAAUUGACAAAAAGCAUAUCAAAAUGUUUUAGCACAUUUGUCUGGAAAAGCACUUUCUUGUAACGUUUCUUAGAGUCUGGAGAAUCUUUAGCAGAUGGUUCAUUCAAGACCUAUUUCUUUACAAGAGAAUAAACACAUGAAUGCUA